GGGAGAAUCACGGUUUGAGUGUUGAAAAUCGAUUGUGAGCAGUUUGCUUUGCAAAUUCUGUGUAGCUUUGGGAAGCAAUCAUCAAUAAUGGGAAGUGAUAGAAAAUCCAAGCGAACCAGUUUCGAUUCACCCUCCGAAUCCCAAGAUGAGAAGAAAAGCAAGAGGCAGAGAACGGUAGAGGAUGAGGAAAAGAAGAACCGAAAGAGGGAAAAGAAAGAGAAAAGGAAAGACAAGAAAUCUCAUAAGCAUUCCAAAGAAAAUUCUGAUAAGGCGAAGAAGUUGAAAGACACGCACAAAAGCAAGCAUAGUAAAGGUGAUGGCCAUAUGGAAUUCCAAGAAUUGUCCAAUGAUGACUAUUUUGCUAAGAAUAAUGAGUUUGCUACCUGGCUGAAAGAAGAGAAGAAUGUGUUUUUCUCUGAUCUUUUAUCCGAGUCAGCACGCGAGUUGUUUUCAGAUUUUGUCAAAGCUUGGAAUAGAGGAAAGCUUGAAUCGCAAUACUAUGAAGGCAUUGCAAGCGGGCCUCGCACGUCCCAUAACUGGAAAAUCAAGAAGUAGCUCAGAAGAAAGUGCUGUCAUUGGGAUCCUAUCUAUGUAGACCAUUUGUUUAGCUUUCCUUUCUAACCACUGACUUGAAACUCAGUAAGUAUAGAUGUUUUUUUAUCUGUAUAAAUGCAUUAUCUGCAUCAAUCUUCAAGAAUCACUUGUUAACGGAGGAAAAAAAGGUAUGACGAGAGCAUAGAAGAGUUGAAUUAAAACAAAAAUUUACCAUCAACUAGUGGUUCAAGUUGCAAGGAAUUUGUUCUCUUAAUUGAGUUUGAACCCAGGGAAUAGAGAAAAUAUUCUUCAUUGUAAUGGGUUUGAGAGAGCUCAAAAUGGGUCAGAUGGGUUUCCGGUGAAUCCAUGGAGAAAUUUGAAAAAAAAAAAAAAAAUCUUAGGGGAUUUAGGUUAUGAUUUGGACAGUGGUGGAUAGGCACGUCACUUUUGUUUCUGUGAAUCAAUGUGACUGUUUUUCUUGUAGCAAUAGAGACAUGCCUCGUAUGACUUGUCUAGUAUCUACCGCUACGUAGGAAAAGAUUUAUAUCAGCUCAUCUAUAUACCUUUUGUGUAUCAUUGUAAUGAGGGUGCAAUUUUUUCUUCUAAUUUAUAUCGCGAUUAUAAUUUAUAUCCCUUAUAUUAUUAAGCACUCCUAAACCUUUUAUGUAAACUCAACGGAUGUAGUGCC